AUGUUAAUGUCAAAGUUUACAUGGAAUGAUUUAAUCCAGCUUAACUCAGUUACAACUUCAUACCUAUCUCCGUUAUCAUGCAUGGCUCAUAUCGAUGUUAAUGCAUUUUUCGCACAGGUCGAACAAAUUAGAUGCGACUAUACAAGAGAUGACCCCGUGGUAUGUGUACAAUGGAAUUCUAUAAUAGCGGUAUCGUAUGCAGCCAGAAAAUAUGGAAUAUCGAGAAUGGAUACUAUCCACGAAGCCAUGAAAAAAUGUGAUCAUCUUAUACCUAUCCAUACUGCGGUAUUUAAGAAAGGUGAAUCUUGGUGGACCUAUUAUGAUGGAUAUGGAUCAUGGAUGAAGGAAAAGGAAAAACAGCUACCGCCAGAUAAUUAUAAGGUUUCUUUAGAUCCAUACAGAAGAGAGAGUAGGAAAUUGUUUAAGAUAUUUAAAGAAUACUGUUAUUCGGUCGAAAAGGCUAGUGUUGAUGAGGUGUUUUUAGAUCUCGGACGUCUUUGUUUUGAAGAUUUGAUGUUUAGUGAUGAUGAGGUAUUUCAAAAAAGUGAGGCCAUGCAAGCAAUCCGGAAUACAUUCAUAAACGGUGAGUACGAUUUACAAACUGCUUUACCAUCGCUUCCUGAUGAGCUUAAAAACCUUGAAUUUACAGGGAUGGUUUUUAAUCCUGCGAACCGGCCUUUACUCAAUGACUGGGAUGAUAUAAUUUUUGCCCUUGCAUCAAGAGAGACACAAAAAAUGCGGGAUGUGAUUAAGGAAAGUCUUGGAUACACGACAUCCUGCGGUAUAGCUAGAACGAAGAACGUUGCUAAAUUAGGAUCUAACUUUAGAAAACCUGAUGCACAGACAAUAAUAAAAAAUAAUUGUUUAGAAGAUUUUCUGGAUAACGGAUCAUUUGAAAUUACGAGUUUUUGGACCUUAGGUGGUAAAUUAGGCAAAGAAAUAUGCCAAGUAUUAAAUCUUCCUCCAAAGGAUAGUAUAAAAUAUAUUCGAAAUACAUGGGCAAAUUCUCCAAAAGAAUUAGAGUCAUUUUUAGAAAAACAGCUUGAAGAGAGAGGAGGUCAGUUCAAUGAAUUAACUACUAUCGAUUCAACAAAUAUUCAUACUUUGGCGAAGAAGAUUUUCGAGCUUUCAAGGGGUGUUCACCCUGUCCAAUUGAAUACCCGUCCACUAGUGAAGUCGAUGAUGUCAAAUAAAAAUAUGAGAUCAAGUUCCUGUAAGAGUUUGAUAGAUUGUAUCGAUUGGCUGGAAGUAUUUAGUGGUGAGCUAGCCACCCGUAUUCAAGAACUAGAGCAGGAAUAUAAUAAAGUAAUAAUACCAAGAUCAGCAACUGUUUUAAUGAAGACAACUCUUGGUGAAACGUAUAGGAAAACUACCCAGUUGCAUAACCGUGAUUCCAAACUGGCUUGCCAGGACCUCCUCAAUGCAACCUCGAAAAUGGCUGCUGAAUUAGAUAAAAAAUAUGCUGAACCAAAUUCAAAAAAAUUUUACCCAUUAACCAAUAUGAAUCUAGUAAUUUCCAAUUUCGAAAUAUUAGAUUUGAAGAAGACAGUACUCGAUAUGUUUGGGAACCAGGCGCAGGUUUACGAAAAGAAUAAUGAUGAACGAAAUAAGGACGAAAUGGCGGAGGAAGAGGACCAUAGCACAGUAAUAGCGGCAGAAGAAAAAACAGAAGAGUUACAGUGUCAAAAAUGUGAUCUAUUUUUUCCAAAUACUAAAGAAUUUCAAGAGCACUUAGAUUUUCACUUUGCGUCAAAAUUAUCUGAUAGCCUCAAUGGUAUAGGAAAUGAUUCAAGAAACCUUUCUGUUGGUGAACAACGACUUUUAUUUUCAACCAAAAGGCCUAGCAGCAAUAGUAAACGGAUUCUUUCUAAUGGUAAGAAGAGAAAAACUGCUAAAGGAUCUGGAAACAUCUUAUCUUUUUUCUCAAGAUAG